AUGGACCUGGAGAUGGAGGAUUUGCCCAGCGGCCCGCUGGACCUGUACAGGACAAAGGCGUCCUUCAGCUGGAAGGACAUGCUUCGCUUCAUGGAAGGAGACCAAAUCCUGCGUUUCAAACAAUGUGUCUGCAAGACUUUGGAGAAUGAUCCUGUUUUCGCGCGCCGGCCCGGAGAGGACGUCUCCGUGGACAGACACCGGGAACUGUCCUUCCUCAGGGUUCGGCAGCUCUUACGCUACAACUUCGUGACAAGUGAAGAGGACAUGGCUGAGCCCUUGAAGACCCUGGCCCUGAACGACUGCCUCGGCAUGUACGACUUGGGUCUGGCGGGAAAGCUCUUUCUCGGCAAAGAGAUGUUUGGAGCAACUAUCAUCAGUUCAGGAACAAGCAGACACCUAAAAUAUGUUGAAGACACUGAAGACAUGACAAUUUUUGGAUGCUUUGCGAUGACUGAGCUGAGUCACGGCAGCAACACCAGAGCCUCAAGGACCACCGCCACCUACGAUCCCUCCACUCAGGAGUUUGUGAUCAACACUCCGGACCAUGAGGCUGUUAAGUUCUGGGUGGGAAACCUGGGCAAGACGGCCACCCACGCAUUGGUGUUCGCUCAGCUCUACACACCAGAUGGAGUUUGCCAUGGCUUGCACCCCUUUAUUGUCCCUGUUAGAGACCCCGGGAGUCUGCUGGCUGUCCCUGGUGUCUUGGUUGGAGAUGUUGGAAGGAAGGUGGGCCAGAACGGACUGGAUAACGGGUUUGCAUUGUUCUACAACAUGAGGAUCCCUCGAGAAAACCUUUUGAAUAGGACGGGAGAUGUUACUCCUGAUGGCCGUUAUGUGACACCUUUCAAGGACCCCAACAAGCGUUUCGGGGCAUCUCUUGGAGCCUUGUCAGGCAGCAGGCUGUUCAUCACCAGGAUGGCUCUGGCCAAACUGAGGCUUGCUCUGACUGUGGCUAUCCGCUUUUCAGCCACCAGAAGACAGUUUGGACCCAAAGACACAGAGGAAAUUCCUGUUUUGGAGUACCAAUUACAGCAAUGGCGACUGAUCCCAUAUCUGGCAGCGGCGUACGCCCUCCAGUAUUUCUCCAAGUCCAUCUUCUUGAACUUUGUUGAGUUCCGGAUUGGACAAAGGAUGGGAGACACCAGUGACAGACAGGCGGAUAUGGGCAGGGAGAUCCACGCCAUGUCCUGCGCCAGCAAACCUCUGGGCUCGUGGAUAGCUCAGAGGGGGAUCCAGGAGUGCAGGGAGGCCUGUGGUGGUCACGGAUACCUGGCCAUGAACCGGCUGGGUGAGUUACGAGACGACAAUGACCCAAACUGCACGUAUGAGGGAGACAACAACGUGCUGCUGCAGCAGACCAGCAACUACCUGCUUGGCUGUCUCCGCGCCAAACUGCGUGACGGGGUGCAGAUCAAAUCUCCUCUUCAAACUGUAGAUUUCUUGGAUGGUUAUCAGAAGGUUCUUCAAAGCCGUUUUACAGAAACAACGGUGGAGGGGUGUUUGGACCCAGCAGUGUCCGUGGCGACCUACCGGUGGCUGGUGUGUUAUCUGCUGGUGGAGAGUGUAAAGAAGCUGGAGCAGCAGAGAGCCUCGGGCAGGAGCGUGUUCGAGGCUCGGAACAACAGCCAGGUGUACUUCUGCAGGUCCUUGGCCAUCACCUUCAUAGAACACAGCUGUCUGCAGAGGUUCCAUGAGGUGACCACCGACCAGGACACGCCGGCCGCUCUCAGACCGGUCCUGAGUCGCCUCUGUGCCCUGUAUGGACUGUGGAGCCUCAGCAGCCACAUGGCAACGCUGUACCAGGGUAGCUACUUUAGCGGGAGUCGUCCUGUAGAGUUGGUCCAGACGGCCGUCCUCACUCUCUGCUCCGAGCUCAAGGACGAUGCAGUCGCUUUGGUGGAUGUUUUGGCUCCAAGUGAUUUCAUCCUCAAUUCACCGAUUGGCAAAGCAGAUGGACAGCUCUACAAGAACCUGUGGUCGACGGUGAUGCAGGGUGACCGGGUUCUGGAGCGUCCGUCCUGGUGGGAGGAGUUCUGCUGCAACAAGCCUGAGGUCGGAUCUCUGCGGCCGAAACUCUAG